AUCAGCUGCGCGUGAUACAUGUCGCCGGGCAGUCGGGAACUUCGGUCGACCGUCAUCGUUCUCAUCCGCGGGCUUUCAUGUUCAGUGCGGCUACUGCGGCUGUUUUGUACUCGCGAUCGCGUGUCAGAUGGUAUUUUCAACCGCGAGUUCUUGCGGUCUUCUCACGGGUGUAUAGCGUAUACACUCAAAAGUGGGGAACGCGCGUCUCAUCUCUUGCGUUCGCCUGAUGCCCACGGAGCGCCGCGAAUAAACAAGAGGACGAGCCGCGAAGAGGAGGCAUCGUGUCUCGGUGUGAAGACUACUGAAGACACGCGAUGAGAGAGCUGAGAGAUCGGAGGUCGAGUCUUCGGGUCGUAUUGACGUUUUCCUCGGGAUCGGAGUAGCGGAAGAAGCAAGCCCACCCCUUUCGCGAAUCAAGGGGUUUACAUUUGAGAAUUUUUGAAGCGACGGAAUCGAUCGAAGAAUAUAUUUCGAAGCUUACAAUUAGACCAACGUGACUGAUGUUUAAUGACGGUAAAUAGCUUCAGCGGAUUACGCGUGAGAUUCAGUGAUGCGAGCGGUCUGGCCGGUUCUACAAAAAAGGCAUUCUUCGCGUCGGCAAAAAGUUUUCAAGGUCGGAGAGCGAAAGUGCGCGCUUCCACGGUUCCACCGACCACAUUUCGGCAUUUUCGGCACGACGCGCGCUCCAAACGACGCGAGAGAUCGCAUUGUCGAUCCUAAUCGUCUCUAAAGCGAAAAUUAUACGCGGUGAAAAAUCCGUACUUUUUUGCUGCUUUUGCAUAACAAUAAACUUCUGGAUAAUUAGUUCGGCUUUUGUACAAUGAAGAAAAAUACAUCCUUUUGAAAUCGUUUGAGAAACGUAUUUAUCUUGCCUAUGAUAACUAUCGUGUGGAUGUAUUAUAUAUCUACAGAUAUAUAAACGUUAUUGUUAUUUCGAACGUCCUUCCUAAAUAUACUUCAUUAACGCGCUACAAAAGGUUUCUCAAUUCUGAAAAUAAAGCGACUUCUCGUUAAAUAUUAAGCGUUAAGGUUUUACUGUAUUUAAUUAUUUACUGUAAAUUACACGUGACGUUUAGAAUACAGGCAGCUAUAAGAUCACGCGUGUUGAUUCAGCAAAAUCUCGACGAUAGCUACUGUAUCGUAGCGCGAUUUCCGUGCCGGUUGUUCUUCGUGCGAUAACAGUGCGAUAACCGCGUUAAACAAAUCAUGCGAGUGCGAUGACGGAAAAUCUCUUUUCGGGAAAUUCAGUUAAAAUAAGGAAGGUUCUAUUCUUCUAUUCUGAGGGAUCGCUAAGUGGAGCGAAAAUCAAUCAUGGAUCUUCGUUGGCUCGUUUUCUCUCUCGUCAUAGCUCUCGUAGAAGUCGUAGAUAGCUACGAAUACGUCAGUGCUGCUAACAAGUGGACGCUGUGCUUGGUCGACAGUGUACAUACUGCGCAAAAAAUUCUUUCACUCUGCCCGAAACUCGCGACGAGUCCGGUAGAAUGUGUCAUAGAAACUGAUAGAUUUGGCUGUUUACGUCGAGUAACCAGUGGUGAUGUCGAUAUCACUGUGCUGGAGCCAGAAGAACUCGUAGCGAUAAGAAACUACAAACUAUACAAUGUACUAGUCACGAAUGAAUUAAGACUCUUCCCAGACGAUGAUUAUCGUUUUGAAUUAGUGGCCAUAGCGCACAAAAAUGUGCAACGCAUAUGGGAUGUUAAAGGCAAGCGAUUGUGUCAUCCCGGAUUAGACACCAUCGACGAUUGGACUACAAUUUUCUCGACGUACUUCGAGAAUCUGAUAAUUAGAAAAGAGUGCAACGCGAACAUGACGCUGUUCGAGGACAGAAUACACGCUCUGUCCAACUUCUUCGAAACGGCUUGCAUCGCUGGCCCGUGGUCGGCAGACACAGUAUUUGAUUAUCAAUUGAAAUCGAAGUAUAGGAAUCUCUGCGCCGCUUGCGAGAAACCGGCCAGUUGUUACAACACCGAUAAGUACUACGGACGGGAAGGUGCCCUGUUGUGUCUCACCGAUGGCAUGGGCGACGUCGCCUGGGUCAGAUUAGGCGACGCCCGCAUACACUUCAAGGCUCAGAUGAUCGACACACAAGAUUACAAGUUUCUAUGCCCGGACGGCACCACGAGAUCGCUCGACGACAAACCCUGCGUGUGGAUAUCGAAACCGUGGCCGGUCGUCGUAGCUAAACCAACGCAUGCCGAGAAUAUCGCUCGCAUGAUGAACUCGAUGAUGAACAGGACGUACAAUUGGGAAUCGAACGUCUUGCAGCUGAUGGAGAACUAUUACAUCACCUCGACUGACGUGAGGGAUCUGCAAACGCCCGACGAUUACUUACAUCGAUAUCCAUACUUCCUGAGCGCCAACGUUCGAAUGGGAUGUCAGCCGUCAAGAGACGUACGUUGGUGUCUGGUAUCCAAUCUCGAGAAGCGUAAGUGCAGCUGGCUAAGAGACGCUUCCAUCAUCUACGGCGUGGAGCCGUUGAUCUCUUGCCUCCAAGAAAAUAGCAGAGAAGCAUGCGUGGAGGCUGUACGGAAGGGAAAGAUGGACAUCUUCUUGGCGCGGCCCGAAGAGCUGCUCGAGGACAGAAUGAUGGGUUUGAAGCCUAUUAUCCACGCGAUGGCGAGCAGCCGGCAAGAAUUGAACAGGAUCGCGGCGGUUGUCAAGAGGAAUUCCAGAUUCAGAGUUAUGAAGGAUCUCAAGGGUGCCAGGGCGGCCUUCACGGGCUACAGAAGCGUCGGUUGGAACGCUUUUGUCACGCUAAUGAGGAACGAAUCUGACGAAGACUGGGACUGCUCGGACGCGCAGGCCAUUUCGAAAUUCUUCCGAGAUAGCUGUGUCCUCGGUUGGAACAGCAAAGAUAAUCACAACGACCUCCCGGCUAAUUUACACUCGUUAUGCAAGGAAGAUGCGGCACAUGCGGGCGACGAUUUAAGUGCCUUUAACUACCUGGCUUCCGAUAUCGUCGACGUUGCCUUCGUCAAUCUGAAGAUCAUAGAAAACAAAACGGAAGCUGGUGAUUUUUAUUACGAGAAGAUUGAUAGUAUAAACCGCUUGCCUAAGUACAGAGUAUUAGGCCCGACCUUGGCGGAAGCUAUAAAAAGAGUCCCAUAUUUGCUCGCUUGGACACCUCUCGGCUCGAUAAUAGCGCACGAGAAUAUCACGGAUCUGAGGCGUCAGGAAAUCUAUACGAUGCUGCUCGAAAUGGACAAGAUAUUUGGAAGGAAGUUCAACGGACAGGCACCCACAUUCUUGUUAUAUGGGCCGUACGAAGAUAAUCACGGUGUUAUCUUUCCCGAUGGCACACGCUAUUUAGAGCUACACGGUCAACAGAUAUUAAAGGGACGCAAUUACGACCAAAUCGUGGAAGAGUUCGUGAAGCAAGAAUCUUGCAGUGCUGCUGAUGCAUGGAUUUCUCGUUUUCCAAAAUCUCUUCUUCUAUGCAUGAUUAUAGUCUUCAUUCUAGACCGAUUAUUGAACUGCUGACGAUGGAUGGAUAGACUAUGCUCUCUAUGAAAGUACAAUGUAAUACAAGACAGUUCGUUAUUGGUGAUGCAAUAAUUUUGUAUAAAAGAAUAAGUUUUUUUUCUUUUAGACAGAGUUUCUUACUUUCGAUAAAAACAAAUUUGGAUAUUGCAAAAUUAACAACAAUCAAGUUAUAUAAUUUUCAAUUAUACAUAUCAAAGGAUACUUCAAUAAUGAUUAUGAUAUAUAAAUAUAAAAAUUCUUAUAAGAAAAGCAUAUU